AUGAGCCAGUCAGAGCUGCAUGCUGACAGUAAAACACCAGACAGCAGCUCAGAGAUGGAUGUUGAACCUGAAGCAUCCGGGAUGUCAGUUGCAUUCAUUGAUCCAGAUAUGGAUGCUGAUGAUGACUCAGAUCGUGAUCCACACUAUCAGCCAGAUGGUGAUGAUCCAUCAAGCUCCGAAACUGAAGUAGCUGAAGAUGAUGCAUUGAUGAACAAAACUAAACGGCACAAACGGCAGCGACGGCACAUCUUCCACAAAUUUUGGUCCAUAACUUCUUGGGAAGCACGCCAAAUAUACAUUCGAACCUUAAUCUCAAAGAAAGAAAUAAAGCAGAAGAAAAAGAUACAGGGAUCAAGACGUCAAGCAUCCUAUGCUUACAAUCUACAACUUCAAGAUGGAUCAAUUCAUCAAGUCUGCAAGCCACUCUUUGCUUCUACCUUCGGUGUCCCCGAAAGAACUCUUAUGUCAUGGAUAACAGAUCGUGGUGAUAGUUCGUCAGCAGCCUCAUCAAGCGAUAGUCUGUCAGCAGCUAAAACACCAUCCAAACCUGGUCCCAAAAGUGAAAGUGUGCAAAAGUGA